AAAAGCUCAUUGAAUACGUACUAACUACCGGUCUACAGAGUACAGAAUAGUCACGCUUUAAGACCCUCUCUUUCUUCCUCUCUCUCUCUCUCGUCAUCCCAUAAAGCAGCAAACGAGCCUGGUCUUGUUUGUCUGCUUACAGUUUUUUCAAAGCUCUUCCAAGUUCCAGAGCCUUUUGUGUUUGGUGCCUUGGGACUGCCAGCACCGCUUCAUUUCUUUUUGCCUCGUUGGAACAGGCAUGGGAAAGAAGCUUGAUGCUCUGCUUGGUAGAGCCUUCAAGACCUCCAAAUUCAUUUCUCUUGUCAAUCUUGCUAUCUCUCGCCUAGCCGUCUUUAGGAAAAAGCGCCAAGUCCAGUGCUCCCAGGCCCGCUCUGACGUCCUUCAGCUCCUCGAGCUUGGUCACCACGAAAGUGCUCUCCUUCGCGUUGAGCAUGUCAUCAAGGAACAGAAUAUGUUGGAUGUGUUUGUCAUGAUAGAGAGUUACUGCAAUCUUUUGAUUGAGAGGAUCAAUCUCAUUGAACAAGAAAGAGUGUGCCCCGAUGAACUGAAGGAGGCAGUAUCGAGCUUGCUCUAUGCAGCUUCAAGAUGCGGCGAAUUCCCAGAGCUUCAAGAGAUUCGUGCUGUUUUGACAACUCGUUUUGGCAAAGAGUUUGCUUCUCGGGCUAUAGAUUUACGCAACAACUGUGGAGUAAAUCACAAGAUGAUACUUAAGCUGUCAACAAGGCAACCAAGCUUGGAGAAUAGAAUGAAAGUUCUCAAAGAAAUCGCAUCAGAGAACAACAUCGUCCUGCAACUCGAGGAAGCUGCUUCUAUUUCGACUGGGGAAAAUUUGGAUGUGAACAAGAAUCAAAACCAGCUCGAUCCAAAAUCACCUGCCAAUUCAGGUAGCACCAAGCUUGGGGAUAAUUCGCAAAUUCCGUCUGAAGAGGUAGAAAAGAAUGAUGGGUUCUCUGAUUCAAUGAAGACAAGAAAAAAAUACAGGGAUGUAGCUGACGCAGCUCAAGCAGCUUUCGAGUCUGCAGCUUAUGCAGCAGCAGCUGCAAGAGCAGCUGUGGAACUCUCUCGGUCUGAACCCCAUAAUCCAGAUGAUCACGAUGGUCCCAGUACUGGACGAGGCAAUGAAUAUCAAGCUGAAGAAAUGAAAAGGAAGGAUGCAGCAGAAUUGAAGAGGUCGAUGUCUACUGUGAGUUCAGAUUCAGGAGAUGACAUUGUGAUGAUGACCAGAGUAUCCUCAGGUGAAACUGUUCCGGCCGAUCCUUUUGAAAAGGAACUGCAAUUUGAUGAGAGUGAUAUUGAGAGUGAGCAUGAACAAAGCAGCAUACAAUCUCACAGCCAAAUUCCUUCAGGGUUUCAAACUGGAUUGAAGCUGAAAUCAGUCAUUGGACUUCCAGCAGGACAUGCUGCAGAAGGAUCUGGUAGGGAGAAUGCACGAGGUUUAAACAUAGAGAAGAGACCAAUAUCGAUGAGAACUAGACAAGUGCGGGGAUACUAAGGACCUUAUCUUACCUUUUUAUGCAUAUAUGUUUGUAAGUUUUGUGAGGUUCACCUCUAGGAAAAUAUCAUCUUGUACACUUGAGAAGACUUGAGCAAAGAGGAAACACUUCACCAAAUCACUGGCCUCUAAGACGCUUCUUACCAUGUUGCAGCAGGUCGCUAUUUGACUGCAAAUUCACACCAACAUCUUCAUCAUAUUCAAUUCCAAGCUCCUCCUGAAAAGAUGUACACUUAGCAACAACAGCGAUCCCAAAUCUGUAUGCUUGGAAGACAUAAAACCCACUUAAAUUACCUUGAACUCCUUGAGAUCCUUGGGUGAGUUCUCGGUAAUAGCAUCCCAUAGAUCCUUGAACAUCCUUUUACGCCUUCUCCACUGACUGAGUUUCUCUGAGUACAUGUUCUCAACUGCCUUACGGUCUUCAGGCCUCACCAGGGUAACUCCUCCACGCAAUUUUUCUAGUUUGUCCUCUAUUUCCUUGACCUGAAUCAGAAUUAAAAUGUCCCAAGGAUGUUCCAAUACUUAUUUGGAGAUAUGUCUUACCCAGUUCAAUAUAGAAAAGAGUCAAAUGACAUCCUAGUGAAUUACCUCCUUUCUCAGUUUGGCUUCUCUGUCCCAUAUCUGUUCAAGUGUCAAAUUUGAUUGCAAAGUUCUAAUCUCUACAACAGCAGUGUAUUUCAAUUGUCACAUUACAUAAAUUCACAGACUUUCCCAGGUUGAAUCUGGUUUUUCCCCGCA